AUGUCUUCGUCUGCCAUGAUUGAAGGGUCUGAAAUCCACAGUGACCUGCUCCCCCAGCAACCAAUCAACAUCCUCCCAAAUCAAUUUCCCAUUGAGGAUCUUUCAUGCGAUCUGAUCGUCAACGUUAUGAUGAACAUAGGUUCCUUUCGGGACCUUAGGAGACUCAUUCGCGUUUCUCCAAAAUCUCGCCAUCUAUUCAAACUGUACAAAAACACCAUUCGUAAUCAGGUCGCGAAAAAUCUCUUCGGGGAAUCCUACCAAGCAAUUACAACAGUCCUGACAUACAGAAACUCUUCCUGUCUACUUGUACGCAAUGGACCGGACUACGCCACUUCCGAAGCUCUAGUCAGCAAAGGUUUUAUCUUCAAUACAACAAAUACCAAUCGAGCUGAUGCUCUACUAUGCGCUUUUGAAACAAGUCUCGAGAGAUAUCGAUCGCUCGACUUCGAGAUUUUUAAGGACCCUAAUAUCCCGGAAAUCAACAAUGAAAUUCCUCUCCCCUCUUUCUCACAGGCAAAUCCAUUCUCUAAGGAUCUCUUCUUCCGUACUCUCCGAAGAUUUCAGCAGCAUAUGUUUGAGAACAUCAACACCUACAUCGAGACCCUGCCAAGCAAGAAAGAUGAACUAGACAUGUAUUGGAUCUCGCGAAUUAUAUCUUUUGCCUAUGAGCCGAGGGACUUCGGAGUCUUUACAACGUCAUGGGGCUGUGCUCUCGACAGUGAGAACUUCGAGGAACUUCAAGGACGUCCCCUGCUAUCAGCUAAGUUCGAGAACGAAUUCUUGGAUGUCGUUGAUGAGAGCGGAGAGGACGCGGAUGACCAGGUGAAUGCAUUUUACAACGAUUAUGAUCUGGGAGGGGGCAAGGGCCAUAUGGCGAUGAUGAUUGCCAAGUACAAGAUGAAUAGAGUCUACGGAUGA